CAUUGUUCGCAAUAUUCCUGAUAUCGUGUGAGAAACGUAGACCAGGAUUCGUUUCACUGAAUUCACCUGCGGCAGGAGAGUCGCGUCACAUCAAGCAGAGCCAGUUUGCCUACCCACUUCCCAGGUCCUCCCAUACCAUACCAGGUCCAUAGCAGCACCGAGGCCCAAGACUACACGACAAAGCUUUUCCAGAAUUGCACAGGUUCCAGGAGACCUGUUUCAUCGCACAGUCUCGGCGCCGUGCAGCUAUAAAUAUGCCAGCAUCUCAUAUGAUAGAGCUACAUUUCCCUCUGCCGGCCUACCUAUCCCCGGACAUUGUUAUACAACACCUGCAGGCUUACGAGCCGCUCAUAACACCACAUCCGUACCUGUUACGGUACAACCGUCGGCCCGUAGAUGAAAAGGACGUCACAUCAGAUCCAUUCUUCACCCAAGACGGUGCCAGAAUCGAAUGCUACGAAGUCGUUGAGCGCGUCGUCAUCGUCCCCCUUUUUGGCCUGUACAAGGACAUCAAGAUCCCGGCCACCUUCCAGUCCAGCCCGGCCGGGGUGCGGUGCCGCGCGGAUGCGCAGGGCGGCGUGCACGUGUGGUCAACCUAUGAGGUUCAGCGGCGGGACCUCGGUGCUGAGUUUGAGCGGGCCGGCCGGGCGGGCUCAGACGGGGUCGCGAGGGACGACCUCCAUGACAUCGUGGACGGCGCGGGGCUCAGCUCCCCCGGUGCCGGGGAGUGGGAGCUGGUUGAGUACGCCAGGGUAGAGUGCAACGCGAUCGUUAAGCCGUUUGUCGUCAGGAGCUUCGAGUCAGCACACAGGGAUCUCUGUCAGAAGUUUAUCGAUGAGCUAAAGAGGAAGGCUGGCGAAGAGCAUAUUGCGCAGGCACAGACACAUGCCCAGCUGGUACCUGUCGUGACACCCGCUUCACAGGUUGUGGCUUCCUAGUCGAUUAAAGAUUGCCUAGGGAUUGGAAUGCUGGUGUAGUAAGGUAUAAGUGGUUUCGCUUCUAUUCCGUAUACGUCCGAGGACAUAUAUGGCGCCUUUAUACGGUGGUAAGCACUUAAGACCCAGCGCUUGGAAAGAAUAUGGUAUCAAUAACGAUAGUUAUAAUACAAUAGGUGCUUGUAGCCUCAGCCUUGUAAUGCACAGACAAGGCUAAGGGACACCGUUAUAGUAAGGUAUAAGAUGACAAUUAUUUCAGGUGUUUGGCAGGAAGGGAGCUCGGUUGUCAUUUAUACUGGCCAAGGCCCGAGCUUAGGGGAGGUACUUGUCACCUAUAUGCUAGUGGACAUCCGUAUACACGGCCAAUGGCAUAUGUUAUAUAUGAUAUAGGGUCCACUGAUACGUGCAUCUCACUGUGUGCUUCAAGCUGGGAAGCAGCAUCUCCUCGUUUAUGUCAGGUAGCGCGGGGAAAGAUCAGCUGGGUAAGUAGGCUCAGAGUUAUUUCGUCGCUAUCAUUAGGUCAUAUAUUGUCGCUGCUGAGAGAAACCCAACUGAAUUUAGUUAAAAUUAUGUUCUUAA